AUGCCCUACACCGAAGCCUUAAUCGCCGAAACGCUCCGAUUUUCCACCAUCACCCCACAAGGCGUGCAACACCGAGCCAUCAAGGACCAAGAGUACAAGGGCUACCUCAUCCCCAAGGACACCGUCAUCACCGCGAACGUCUUCCACAUCCACUUCGACCCGAAAGUCUGGGGAGACCCGGAGACCUUCAGGCCCGACCGAUUUUUAAGUCCGGACGGAAAAACGUUCAAGAAGCACGAAGCCCUCAUCCCCUUUUCAACAGGACGGCGACAGUGCCUCGGCGAAUCCUUGGCGAGAGACAACCUCUUCCUACUCGCGACCAACAUUGCGCAAAGAUUUGAAAUCCUGUUUGACAAGGACGGCCCAGAUAAUGGCUUCGAGUCGAAGUUGUCCUUUAUUUUGACGCCGAAACCUUUCAAUGUCAUUUUUAAGGAUAGAUUGGCCUGA